GGGCGUGAGGGGGGCGGAGUCGCUACCGCGGAGAGGAGAGGCGGCAGCCAGAGAGGCCGCACCGGCGGCGGCUGCUCGCUCUUUCCUUCCUUCCUUUCCCUUCCUGUCGGCCCCGACCCGGAGGGCGCGGAGGAGGAGGCAGCGAGCGCUGCACCUGAGCACCCUGGGGCUGCUGGGCCCGUGGCAGGAGCGCAAGGCCGAGCGAGGCGGAAUCUCCGCCUGUCUGAAGUGGGCGAGGAGGCCGGUGCAGAAUGCAGGACUUGGAAUAAUGGAUUUAAGCUACGGGAAGGUGGAUUCAGGUUGAAUUUUAGAAAUAAAAGAAUCACUAAUGGUGAGUGUCUUUUAGCUUAAGCUCCUCAGCUGGAGGCAUCAUGAGCAGAAGCAAGCCUGAAAACAACUUCUACAGUGUUGAAAUUGGAGACUCUACUUUCAGUGUGUUAAAGCGAUACCAGAACUUGAAGCCGAUUGGCUCAGGUGCACAGGGGAUAGUAUGGUGGGAUCCUUGGUCUCAUGGCUGGCAGCCAUCAAUCCUGAUCUGCAUUUCAGCAGGGGCUGCUCAUAGGCCUCUGUGGACUCUGGAAAAGAGGGGAGAUUCUUUCACGUCAAGGGGAUUUUUCCCCCACAUGAAGUUGCUCUUAAUUCCAGAUGGUGCUUCCAGAGGAUGUGCAGCUUAUGAUGCUCUUCUUGAAAGAAAUGUUGCAAUCAAGAAACUCAGUCGACCGUUUCAGAAUCAAACACAUGCUAAAAGAGCCUAUCGAGAACUGGUCCUCAUGAAGUGUGUCAACCACAAAAAUAUAAUUGGCCUGUUAAACGUGUUCACCCCACAGAAAUCACUGGAAGAAUUCCAAGAUGUUUACAUCGUGAUGGAGCUCAUGGAUGCCAAUCUCUGCCAAGUGAUCCAGAUGGAGCUUGACCACGAACGAAUGUCCUACCUGCUGUACCAGAUGCUGUGCGGCAUCAAACAUCUUCACUCGGCUGGAAUCAUACACAGGGAUUUAAAACCUAGCAAUAUUGUAGUGAAAGCUGACUGCACGCUGAAGAUCCUAGAUUUUGGGCUGGCCAGAACAGCUGGGACCAGCUUUAUGAUGACUCCUUAUGUCGUGACGCGCUACUACAGAGCACCCGAAGUCAUUCUUGGAAUGGGAUACAAAGAAAACGUGGAUUUAUGGUCUGUUGGGUGCAUUAUGGGAGAAAUGGUUUGCCACAAAAUCCUCUUUCCAGGAAGGGACUAUAUUGAUCAGUGGAAUAAAGUUAUUGAACAACUAGGGACACCCUGUCCUGAAUUUAUGAAGAAGCUGCAACCAACAGUGAGGACGUAUGUGGAGACUAGGCCUAAAUAUGCUGGCUAUAGUUUUGAAAAACUCUUUCCAGAUGUUCUAUUUCCAGUUGAUUCUGACCACAAUAAACUGAAAGCUAGCCAGGCAAGAGAUCUGUUGUCCAAAAUGCUGGUGAUCGAUGCCUCAAGAAGAAUUUCAGUGGAUGAAGCUCUGCAGCACCCCUACAUUAACGUCUGGUAUGAUCCCUCGGAAGCUGAAGCCCCUCCUCCAAAGAUACCAGACAAGCAAUUAGAUGAAAGAGAGCACACAAUAGAAGAAUGGAAAGAACUGAUUUACAAAGAAGUUGUGGAUCUGGAGGAGAGGACCAAGAACGGAGUCAUACGUGGGCAGCCGCCUCCUUUAGGUGUAGCCACGGUCAGCGGCCCUCGGCCUCCAUCUUCAUCCCCAUCAGUCUGUGAUGCAUCUUCACUGUCCACUGACCGGACUCUGGCCUCCAACACCGACAGCAGCCUGGAAGCCCCAGCGAGCCCCUUAAGUUGCUGUAGAUGAUGACGAGUGGACGUAGGAGAGGAAUGGCUAGCCACAAGAAUCAGUGGUAUUAUUUCGGGGUGUUUUUAAAAGUUAAUUGUGGGAUUAAUUUUCAGAGUGCUAAUUUUAAAGUAAAAUAGUAAAUCACGAUGCUAUUCUGUAAUUAACUGUACAGUAUGGAACUUAAUUUUUAUUGUUUUAAAAUUGCAUGCUUUACUACUGUGAUUUUUGACUUUAUUUUUUCAGGAUGCAUUUAUAAGAUAGGUUUAUGAAAUGUAAUAUUGCUAUUCAGUUUGCUAUAUCACAGCUUCUUUCGGGGUCUUUUAGAUUUGUUUUUUCAGAGAAUCUGUAUCAGCAGAGGCAUUUUUCAGCUCCAAAACUUAAUCUUUUAUUUCCAAUUGUUGUUACUCGUGGGAUAUCUAAUUAUAGGCUAUACAAUAAUGCCUGGAUAAGGUCUUUGAACAAAAAUGUUUCUGUAAGUGUUUAUCCAGGGAACGCUGUCUAAGCUGGCUGUCUUCAACGGACGCCGUCUGUCCAUUUGCCCAAAGGGAGGAUACAGGAGGGGAGGCAUGCCAGCGAUUCCAGGGGUGAGGCGGCUGAAUGCUCUUGGCAAACCUCGAAGUUGCCAUCGGCCUGGCUCACCUCCCUUGCACAAGGCCUUUAAAAUAAUCCCCCGUUUGCACCUGGAGCGUGUUCGCUUCUCCAUUCAUUUGUUGCAUUCAGAUUAGUACCAGUUCUAGAAACAAAAAUGUUUUUUCCCCUCCUCUUUGACGGUUUUCUUCUCAACCUGUAGCUGAUACUUCUGGAUCUGUGGUAUAAGUAUUAUAUAAGUGUACUGUGUACGCUCCAGGGGGGAGUCACCUGUGCAACCUUUUGUGACACUGGGUAUUAGAACAACCCAACAGAAAUCACAAAAGACACGAGGACUGCACUGAGAUCAUGUUUUGGUUAAUUUCCUUCCAAGAAAAAAAUAGUGUAGAAAUGCUGAAUAUAAUUGAAAAUGGUUCUGCUUUCUGCUGAAAUGAGUUUCAAUACAUAUCUUUGAAUAUGUAUUUCAUUUUAUUCCUCAGAUUCAAAUUCUGAGUUCAUUGUGAAUUUAAAAUUGUGAAUUUAAAAAAUGCAGAGUUUUAAGAAUUAAGCUUGUACUAUCUGCACGGUGUAGAUAGAAGUCAUUUCUGUUUGUUUUUAUUUAUUAAAUUUGUAUGCUGCCAGUUUCACGUGACUCUUGGCAGGUUACAGUAA